UAAGUCACGCCUUCUGGCCAUGAACUCACACAAUCUCUCAAGGUUUCCUUCGAACAAUAUAUAUUUGGAAUAAAAUACAAUAUCUAUCUGGAAUAGAAAACUAUGAAUGGAUUCAUCAGAUUCAAGUAAGUAAAAUGUAUUUUAUAUUUUUUGGGGUUUUUAUUACAAUGUCUAGAGCAUGUACAUAUGUAGUUAUUGUGGAACAGAUGCAUCAAAUUUCAUUUAUAGCUUGUUAUAUAAUUGUUGCAAUUAUACAACACUGGGUGAUUGUGGUAAUCAAAAUAGCUGGCUUGUUGCAGUGGGCUCAAACAGGUUGUAUUCCCUCCACUACAUCACUUCCUGAAGUAUUUUCUCUAUAGAUGGAUAGUAUACAUUCUACCCUUGUGUUGUGUUCUGGUCAAAUUUGACUGAUUUAAAAGUUUUAUCUCUAAAAAAUGUAGUUAAUUGAUCAGCCUGACCUAAAAUUCCAUGACUUGGUCCACAAAGAGGAUAUCAACAGACAAUUCAGUUCUGGGGAAAAUAAUGUUCCUGAAUGCGUGGAUGUAAUGGCGGUAUGCGUGUUUUGCUUUUAUUAUGAUAAUUAGAGCCAUUAAUCCAUUUACAUUUGCAUUGAUGGAAUUUGGACACUUUUGUCCAAAGCGACUUACCAGGCAGACACUAUUUUUUACCCUGAGCACUUGGUUCACCACCUGUUGCUGAUGUGAUGCCACGCAACAGAUUCCAAUUCCUGUUGACGUCAUUGCAUUUUGUAAACAACAUGACAGUAUCUGAGACGGAAAAGAAAGACAAACUAUGGAAACUCAGACUCUGGCUUGAUUCAUUCAGAGAGAAAUACCUGCAGGUGGCACCAGAAGAGCACAACUCUGUGGAUGAGAUGAUGAUUCCUUUCAAGGGGAAAUUCAGCAGCAUCAAGCAAUAUAUGCGAGGGAAGCCAAACCCAUGGGGAUUGAAAAUGUGGGUGAGAACUGGAAUCUCUGGCAUGAUGUAUGACGUUGAUGUCUACCAAGGCAGUGUCGACGGAAUACGAGCCAAAUCUGAACUUCGAUUGUCAGUGAAGCUUCUUGAUCGGGGAAUUCAUUACGUGGGAACAGCCAGGCAGGUGCGCCUACUCAACUGCAACAUUGAAGACGAGAAGAGCUUGAAGAAAAAGGGGAGAGGAAGCUAUGACGUCAGAGUGGAGAGGAAUCAGAACAUCUGUGCUGUCAAAUGGUAUGACAGCAGGGCCGACACAUUUGUGUCAUCCUUUGCUGGACCUGAACCUGUGCAGAAGAUUAAACGCUGGGACAAAGCCAACAGAACCUAUAUUGAAGUUGAGAGGCCUUACAUUGUUGGUGCCUACAACAAGUACAUGGGAGGUGUGGGAUUGUUGGACUCAGCCAAAUACAAGUUCCCCAUCAAAUCCCGUCGCUGGUACAUGUACAUAUUCUGGCACGCCAUCAUCCUCGCUGUGGUCAAUGCCUGGCUGCUCUACAAGCGGGACUGUGAAGCGCUCAAGGUGUCUAGCAAAGUGACAAUGAACAAGAGACCGUUUCAGGCACAGCUAGCAUCCUCUCUCAUCCUGGUAAACGCAACACUUGAAACUCCAAAGAGAGGACGGCCAUCUUCAGGCAAAGGGAGCCCGGCAACACAGACAGUGACAUCAGGAAGCCCUCUGAAUGCUCAGAAGAGGCCAUUCAAGAGAUGUGCACACCUCCCAUUGGAUGUACACAAGGAUCUAGUUGCCCAUUUCCCAAGGAAGACAGGGAGAGGACGCUGCAGACACUGCAAUACAGGAUACACCAACACACAAUGCAGAAAGUGUUAUGUUCGGCUUUGUUUUACAGAUGACAGGGACUGUUUUUAGGGCUUUCACCACCAAUGAAAGUCUUUUCAAGCCUUGCAUGUCAUGAAAAGAAAAAAAGAGGGGGGGAAAGCAUUUUUUAAGAGUUUUAUCUUGUUUCAUAUUUUUUAUAUUUGUAAUAAAUGACUACAUAAAAAUUUGACUAAUGUGUGGUUAUUAUUAAUGGUAUAUACCCUUAUGGAGCUAAGUAAGCAAU